CAGGAGAGAAAAAAAAAGUAUCUAGUCACAGCAAUGGCAGGCCAGAAUUUGAUCGGUUCGAUUCCGGAGUUCUACGGUUCCGUCGAUGAUUGGAACGUGUACCAAGAGCGGUUGGAGCAGUUCUUCGAGGUGAACGAUAUCCCGGAAACGAAGCGGGUCGCGCUGUUGAUUAGCGUUAUCGGUGGGGAAUCGUACAAAAGUGUGCGGGACCUGUGCCAUCCGGUGCUGCCCAAGAACAAAACCUUCGAGGAGCUGUGCACGCUCCUGCGGAAGCAGUACACGCCACAGGUUGCGAUUUUCCGGGAGCGAACGAGCUUUUACAACUCGCGACAGGAACCGCACGAAAACGUGACUCAGUGGUACGGGCGGUUGAAGAAAUUGUCCGUGGACUGCAAGUUCGGUGAGAACCUCGAAGCUAUUCUGCUGGACAAGUUUGUGACGGGGCUGAGGAGCGGCCAGAUUAUGGAUCGGUUGUGUGAGGAAAAUGAAUCGCUCAAGCUGGAGCAGGCGCUGGAGCUGGCAGUGAACAAAGAGUGCGCUAUCAAUGCGUCGAAUUGAUUGAUAGGCGCGGGGAGGGUUGCCAGUGACCGCGAGUGUGAUUGAGUGUUUGUGUGUGAGAGAGGAUUGAACUGUA